UUCAGGGAGAAGUGUAGAAAAGGUCUAUGAAGGUGAUAACAACAUUUCGUUUGUAGUGUGAGUGUGUAUCUCAAACGGUUUCCAGAGAGGAUGAAGAUCCGCGUGGUGCAAAUCUGGGGCUUCCUGUUGACGGUCCUGGGCUGGAUCUUCAUAGCCUGCUCCAUGGCCAUGGAGGGCUGGAAGGUGACCUCCAUCGGCGGCCAGGGUGGAAUGUCAGUCAUGGACGUAGCCUGGUACUGGUCCAGUCUCUGGAGGACUUGCUUCACAGACUCUACCGCGGUCACUAAUUGCUAUGACUUCCCUGUGCUCUGGUCAGUAGAAAACAACAUACAGAUUGUCCGGGCCCUUCUCAUGGGAGGGCUCACGACCGGAAUGCUGGGGUUCAUUCUGAGUCUUCUGGGGAUGGAGUGUACCUACAUUGGCGGCAAAGACAAGGAGAAGAACAGAACUCUCUUUGUUGGUGGAAUCAGCCAUUGUAUUGCUGGAAUUGCAGCGGCCUCUGGUUACGCAGUGUAUGCAGUGUAUGUCUCAGCUGAAUUCUUCAAUCCUAAUUUUGAUGGGCUAAAGUUUGACCUUGGCACGCCACUCUUCCUUGGGUGGGCUGGCUCUGCUUUCCACGUGGCUGGUGGUAUAUUCCACCUGGUCUCAGUCUAUAAGAUUUGGGCUCUGGCAUACAGCGCUCCUGUCUUGGUCGCUCCCCCUCAGCCUGUCCAAGAGGAUGGUCCAAACGCCUCCACAGUGUUCUCUACAGUGUCUGAGAUCUCCUCGAAACCGUCCUCUGUAUCUGAACUUUCGUCAAGGACCAAUCUUUCAACCGUUUCCGGUAUCACAGAAAAGACAGGGCAUUUGUCAAAGUCCAGACGCUCCUCAAAGUCUGACCAAUCUGUAAGAUCAAAGAUGUCUGAGAGAUCAGACAAGUCCCGUAGGUCAGAAGGGUCAUCUCGCUCUUCACGAUCCUCCAAAUCGGGGAGGAGCUCAAGGGACACGAGAUCAGAUGCCGUAAGCAGUAGAGCUUGGUCAGAAGGGUCCACAAGUGAGCGAGCUUUAUUUAUUAAAAACUCAUAUAUAUAGAACUCUUCAGAAACAUUCAACAGUUGCACAUUUGAGCUCCAGUAUUGUGGCUUGUGUGAGUGAAGAUAACACUAAGGAACUUCAUUUUAAACAUCAACAUUAGUCUCUUCUUAGUCUGACACCAGCUAAAUACAGUUUUGAGAAAUAAUUAUAUUUGUAAAUAUUAUGAAAUUCAAGCAGUAUGAUUGAUACAUGUAUGAUUAAGAUUUUAAAUAUGAUUACAGAUAGCUUUUGCUCACAGCCAUGGGACA